AGAACAAACAUUUAAAAUAUCUGAAGGAACCAGGAUUUAACAGAAGAGGAAUUAACAGAGAAAGGACAAAUAAUACCCAGCCUCCUAUUUUUUUCACGAUUGGAUUAAUAUAUAUUUUGAAGCAUAUAUAAUAUAUAUAUAUAUACAUUUUACGCGUGUGUAUAUAUAUAGAUAUAUAUAAUAUGUGUGUAUGUGUAUACACAUAGAGAGAGAGGUAUACCGUUUAUCCAGUUCCUUGUGUUACAUUUUGAAAAUACGCAAUCAUCACAUCACCACCACCUCCACCACCAUAUUAUAAUCAUAAAACCAUUGCAACAAGAACAACAAUCACUUCUGUAUAAACUUUAUUCACUUUUCAAAAUAUUUUAUUUUAAUUUUUGUUUUUCUCUCAAAUUUUUUUUUGGGAUUAACACACAAACAACCCACGUAAAAAAAUACAUAUAUUCAUAACAACAACAAUAUUAUUAAUUUGCAACGAUGUUUUACCAAAUAGGAAAGAAUUUUGUGAUUGGUGUUGCGUAUGUGUGUAGUUUCUUGCUGUCUCUUCACUACAAUGGCGGAAUAUUAUCUGCCGCACAGUCGUUUAGUAGUCGCCGAGCAAAUAACCCUCAGGCGUUUCCUACUCACGACAGGUGCGAACCAAUAACGAUACCUUUAUGCAAAGGUAUCCAAUACAACAUGACCAUCUUACCUAACAUACUGAAUCACCAGAAACAGGAUGAUGCCGGCCUGGAAGUUCACCAAUUUUUUCCGCUAGUCAAAGUAGAAUGCAGUCCUUACCUGCGAUUUUUCCUCUGCUCCAUGUACGCGCCAGUAUGUACUAUGUUAGAUCACGCCAUCCCACCUUGUCAACAGAUGUGUCAACAAGCCCGGGAAGGCUGCGAAAAACUUAUGAACAGAUUCGGCUUUGAAUGGCCCGAAUCUCUAAGAUGUGAAAAAUUUCCCAGAUCGGGUUUAUGUGUGGGUGAGAACAUUACAGACCCUACUCCGUCUCCAGCUACCAAAAUGAAAACCUUCCGUCCAACACAAGACCACCACGACACGGAUGAUGUCUUUUCACCUAACCUAAAUUCCUCAGAAUACGGAUUUCAUUGUCCAGUAGAGUUUCGAGUGCCCAAAACCUUAAACUAUCGUCUCAAAGUAGGAAACUAUUUAGACCGUGACUGUGGGGCUCCUUGCAACGAUAUGUUUUUCACUCCUGACAAACGAGAUUUCGCCCGAAUGUGGAUUGGUAUUUGUUCAGCAAUUUGCAUGGCAUCGACUUUAUUUACAGUUCUCACCUUUCUCAUAGACAUGACCCGAUUCCGUUACCCAGAACGUCCCAUCAUAUUCUUAUCAGGAUGUUACUUCAUGGUGGCGCUGGCUUACGUCGUCGGUUUUGCCCUGCGAGACAGCGUGGCUUGCAACAAGCCAUUCGAUCCACCCAGCCUAAAUCUGGCGCCGGAGAAAAUGGUUUCUAUCAUCACACAAGGCACCAAGAAAGAAGGCUGCACCAUUCUCUUCAUGAUGCUCUAUUUUUUCAGCAUGGCCAGUUCGAUUUGGUGGGUUAUUCUCACACUCACCUGGUUUCUAGCUGCAGGUAUGAAAUGGGGCCACGAGGCGAUAGAGGCCAAUUCUCAGUACUUCCAUCUCGCAGCUUGGGCUGUACCGGCAAUAAAGACGAUAGCCAUCCUCGCCAUGGGUCAAGUAGAUGGAGACGUUCUCAGUGGAGUGUGUUUUACAGGGAUAUUCGACGUCGAUGCAUUACGGGGCUUCGUGUUAGCACCCCUCGUUGUAUAUUUGAUAAUUGGAACCACAUUCUUAUUGGCUGGCUUUGUUUCUCUGUUUCGAAUACGAACCAUUAUGAAAAGUGACGGCACUAAAACGGACAAACUCGAAAAAUUGAUGGUUCGAAUCGGCAUAUUUUCCGUUCUCUAUACAGUACCGGCCACUAUUGUUAUCGCCUGUCUUUUUUACGAACAAUCUUUCCGAGACCAGUGGAUGGUCUCAUGGCACUCACGCGUGUGCGUCACCUAUUUUUUCCCGUGCCCCCACACAGGCGACCCUUCGCGUCCUUGGCCGGAUUUCACAGUGUUCAUGAUCAAAUAUUUAAUGACAAUUAUUGUGGGUAUCACAUCUGGAGUAUGGAUAUGGACUGGCAAAACUCUAAACUCAUGGAAAAGGUUUUAUUGCCGAUUCUUCGUCCCACGAAACGAAUCUGCUGUCGUUUGAAAAACAUGAUAAUAAUAAUAAUAAAAAGGACCACAAGCACACACAUAAAAACUAAACAUAAA